AUGAAUCUGUGGCAAGCUUCCUCUGGAGGCAGUUUGGAAAUGCUCGGCUCAGUGCUCGCGUGGGCGGCGUGGGGCUUGGACGCGCGGAGUGAAGUUCACCCAGUGGCAAAAGAGGGCGCCGUUGUUGUGUCCCCUGGAUACCCCGUGCUGACGUCGGGACAGACGCUUGAUGAAACAGGCGCCUGUCUCGCCGAAGCUCUGCAUAUCACAGGAGGCACGAGCGAAGGGGCGCACUUUCGAGGAAGAGGGAGGGCGCGUGGGCCAGGCUGCGGCGGAGAGAGAGGCUGCUGCGAACAGUCCUCCGGAGGGAUUCCUCGCCGGCCUGUGCGCAGCCCGACCAUGAGAUCUACUCGCCACCACGCGCCCGGCGCCCGCUCUACUGCAGGCCUAUUUGUCGCCAGGCCGUGGCGAGGCUUGUUCUUCGCUUCCCUUUUAGCGGCUCUUUCGGGUUUACCAGACGUCGAAGCCAAGGUGUCCGGUCCUGUAUCGUCUGGCAAUGGCGUCGGCUUGCCAGGUUGGCUCGGCACCGCCUCUGGCAACGCAUUCGCAGCAGACUCGCCGGGCACAGCGGCGACGGCAGGGUCCGCCCGACGGCGAGGCGGGGGGGCGGCCGCGGGCGAACUCAGCCAAGGACUGCUGAGAGCCUUCUGGGCGGCGGUGUCGGGUUCAUCAGGCGCCGAAACUGAAGGGUCCGGUCUUGAAUCGUCUGGCCACGGCUUCGGCUCCACAGAAUGGCUUGGCUCCGGCUCCGGCAACACAUUCGGAGAAGAUACGAAGGAGGAGGAGAAAG